UACUUGCUCUCUCUGACGCAGCAAUACAUAUACAUACAAAUCCUUCACAUACACACAUAUUCAUCAAGAAUCUUUCCACACACUACAUAAACCAACACACACACACACACACUGAUUAAUCCAUACAAAAUUCCCAAUAUCCUUACCAUUUUUCUCCCAGAUCAGACGCCUACAGAUCCCUGUUCAUCUCCAAUCUUACACCUAGGGCUCUUAUUCGCAUUGAUUUACCGAAGUUAUUUAUCGAUAGUAGUACGAUAUAUUUAUGGAGCCUAAUGGUCAUAAGAGAGGAAGGAGAAAAGACUUUGUGGCUCAUCAAAGUCAAUUGAGUACUUUUAAUUCUGAUGAUGAACUGGACCCGUGGACCGCUUGGGCUUAUAAACCUCGAACCAUUACAUUGUUAUUUAUUGGCUCGUGCCUUUUAAUUUGGGCAAGUGGAGCUCUUGACCCCGAAAGCAAUUCAUCAGAUGAUAUUGUAACAUCUGUCAAAAGGGGGAUAUGGGCAAUGAUUGCGGUUUUUCUUACUUAUUGCUUGCUUCAAGCUCCUUCAACGUUACUAAUUAGACCACAUCCUGCAAUUUGGCGUCUAGUUCACGGCAUGGCUGUUAUUUACCUUGUUUCUUUGACAUUUAUACUUUUUCAGAACCGUGAUGACGCUAGGCAGUUUAUGAAGUAUCUCCAUCCUGAUCUUGGUGUUGAACUUCCUGAAAGAUCUUACGGGGCUGAUUGCCGAAUAUACGUACCCGAGAAUACUACUAACAGGUUUAUAAACGUUUAUGAGACGCUUUUUGAUGAGUUUGUCUUGGCUCAUUUAUUUGGGUGGUGGGGAAAGGCAAUAAUGAUUCGUAAUCAACCCCUUUUGUGGGUAUUAUCGAUCGGAUUCGAAUUGAUGGAGCUUACUUUUCGCCAUAUGUUACCGAAUUUUAACGAGUGUUGGUGGGACAGUAUUGUUCUCGAUAUAUUAAUCUGCAAUUGGUUUGGUAUCUGGGCCGGAAUGCAUACUGUACGUUAUUUUGACGGUAAAACGUACGAGUGGGUCGGAAUUAGCCGUCAACCAAACAUUUUGGGCAAAGUACGUCUCCGUUUGUGUAUCUUCUACACCAUAAAACGAACAUUGUGCCAAUUUACUCCCGCACAUUGGGACAAAGAUGAAUGGCACCCGUUUCUUGGUCCGUGGCGGUUCAUCCAAGUUCUUACCCUUUGCAUUGUGUUCUUGACCGUCGAACUCAAUACAUUUUUCCUCAAAUUUUGCCUGUGGAUUCCUCCUAGAAACCCUAUCAUUGUUUACCGAUUAGUACUUUGGUGGCUUAUCGCAAUACCUACAGUUCGGGAGUACAAUUCUUACCUACAAGACCAAAAACCCGUAAAAAAAGUUGGAGCUUUUUGUUGGCUUUCUCUUGCAAUCUGCAUUAUUGAACUCCUCAUUUGCAUCAAAUUUGGGCACGGUUUGUUUCCAACUCCAAUGCCUCGAUGGCUCGUGAUUUUGUGGUCAUCUGUUGGUGUUGGGCUUCUCGGGUUUUUGCUAUUGUGGACGUGGCAAUUUCAAAGAUUUUUAAGCAAAAAGCAGCUUUGACUUUUUCCGCCGGUCAAUCAACUGCUCAGAGGAUUUUUAUAGUUUCGUCGUUCACCUCCAGCUUUUUGUGGGGUUGUGAACGAGAAACGAAUCGAUUUUUGAUGGCAGGAGUUCUUUGGAUAUUGCUGUAAAUUUUUAUUCAUUUUACACUGUAAAUUUUUUAUUAUUUCAGCUUAGAUUUACUUCAAGAUUAGAGAAUUAUUAUGAUUAUUUACUUAGGUUUAUUAAAGGAGGUUCCUAAUUUUAGAUC